AUGGAAGAUUCUCGUGGAAGAUUCUCAUGGAAGAUUCUCAUGGAAGAUUCUCAUGGAAGAUUAUCAUGGAAGAUUCUCAUGGAAGAUUCUCAUGGAAGAUUAUCAUGGAAGAUUAUCAUGGAAGAUUCUCAUGGAAGAUUCUCAUGGAAGAUUCUCAUGGAAGAUUCUCAUGGAAGAUCCUCAUGGAAGAUUCUCAUGGAAGAUCCUCAUGGAAGAUUCUUAUGGAAGAUUCUCAUGGAAGAUUCUCAUGGAGGAUUCUCAUGGAAGAUUCUCAUGGAAGAUUCUCAUGGAAGAUUCUCAUGGAAGAUUCUUAUGGAAGAUUCUCAUGGAAGAUCCUCAUGGAAGAUUCUCAUGGAAGAUUCUCAUUCUCACUUGAAUUUUAAAUUUUGA